AGGAUGUCGUUCAGGAUAAAACAAGAAAUAAAGUCUGAACAAGAAGAUCCCUCGGCUAUUUUGGGCAAUUUCCUCUGUCCAAUAUGUGCUUUACAUUUCUUCACUGAAGAUAAUUUUGUUGGUCACAUCAAAGAACAUGAAACAUCAAAUAAUUUGACGAAAAGAGAAAUUAAAUGUGAACCUGAAGGAGAGUCAGUUGGUUUUAUUUGUCCUAUCUGUGCAGAGCACUUUUACUCAGAUUCCACAUUCAUGGAACAUGUGAAGCAACACCAUGAUCAGAUGACUUUCGACAGAAAUGCUUCUCAUAUUAAUCAUGAAGAGUUUUCGUCUCAAGAUGAUGACUUGAUAUCGCCAGAACAGGAUUGCCCUGCAGUAGAGAGUUCGGAUGCUAAUAAUAGUCCAACUUCAGCAGAAGGCAGAGCUGAUAAAGAUGAUGGGGAGAUGUUUUCUCAGUCCACUGAAAUUAUCUUGCAUGAUAAAACAACCUCACCAAGUGAUGAUUUGUCUUCCAUUUGUGCAACAGCAGAGGGGGAUAUUUUGAAGAUGCAGACCAGAAGCAGUGCCAAAAGUAAACCAUUCAGAUGUGUCCAGUGUCCUUAUACUGCAUCACAGAAAGGCCAUCUUCAAAGUCACCAACGAACACAUACAGGGGAGAAACCUUAUAAAUGUUCACAAUGUCCAUUUGCUGCAGCUUCACAUGCUACUCUAAAUAGACAUCAAAAGACGCACACUGUUGAAAGACCAUAUAAGUGUCCUUUGUGUUCUUACGCUGCAGCAGCUAAAGGUGAUCUGAACAAACAUGUGAUAAUACACUCUGGGAUAAAACCACACAAAUGCACCUUAUGUACAUUUGCUACUACACAAAAGAAGGCUCUUAGAGAUCAUCAGAGGAUCCAUAUAGAGGCAAAGCCUUAUAAAUGUUCAUUAUGCUCAUUUGCUGCGUCAACAAAAUAUAAUCUGAAUAGGCAUAUGCAAACACACUCAGGAGAAAGACCUUACCAAUGCCCUUCAUGUCCGUAUACCGCAAGUCAAAGAAUUCACCUUAAAAUUCAUGAGAGGAUUCAUACAAGGGAUAAGCCUUACAAGUGUACACAGUGUUCUUUUGCAACAGCCCACAAGAAUGGUCUAGAUGUUCAUGAACGAACCCACUCUGGAGAGAAACCAUUCAAAUGUCCACUGUGUCCAUAUGCUUCAUCACAUAGUGCACAUUUCCGGAAUCAUCAGAGGACUCACUCAGGUGAGAAACCAUACAAGUGUUCAGUGUGCCCUUUUGCUACUGCCCAAAAAUCAAGCCUUACAUCCCACCAAAGAAUACACACUGGGGAGAGGCCAUACAAAUGUUCUGAAUGUUCAUUUGCUGCUGCACAAAGUUCACAGCUUAAAGUUCACCAAAGAACUCAUACUGGAGAAAGACCUUACCAAUGCCCUUCAUGUCCGUAUACCGCAAGUCAAAGAAUGCACCUUAAAAUUCAUGAGAGGCUUCAUACAGGGGAAAAACCUUACAAGUGUACACAGUGUCCUUUCGCAACAGCCCACAAGGAUAGUCUGAAUGUUCAUGAACGAACCCACUCUGGAGAGAAACCGUUCAAAUGUCCACUGUGUCCAUUUGCUUCAUCACAAAAAUCACAUCUCCGGUGUCAUCAGAGGAUUCACUCAGGUGAGAAACCAUACAAGUGUCUGCUGUGUCCAUAUGCUUCAUCAAAAAAAUCACAUCUCCGGUGUCAUGAGAGGACCCACUCUGGAGAGAAACCAUACAAGUGUUCAGUGUGCCCUUUUGCUGCUGCCCAUAAAUCAACCCUUACAUCCCACCAAAGAACACACACUGGUGAGAGGCCAUACAAAUGUUCUGAAUGUUCAUUUGCUGCCACACUAAAUUCACAGCUAAAAGUUCACCAAAGAAUCCAUACUGCGACUGGUAAACCUUACAAGUGUUCAAAGUGCCCAUUUGCAGCUACAACUAAAGGCGGUUUGGACAAACAUCAAAAAUCUCAUGAUUCAGUGGGAAAGUCAUUCAAGUGUUCAUUAUGCUCGUAUGCUGUGAAUGUGAAGUGUACUCUGAUCAGACAUCAAAGAACACACAGUAUACAACCUUGAAGCACAUUUUGGAUGUAAAACAUAAACUUCGUUUCAAACUAAGACAGGCAAAGCUUCUUUUGUCUUUUAGUUGCGACUUGGGAACUUCUUUAGAUAUUUUAUAGAGAGACUGACCCGAGAAAUACCAGAAGAUUAACUAUCAGAAUGAAGGUUCAAGACGCAAAAUGUUUACAAUGGAUACUCAGGAUCAUUUCUCACAUUAAGGUUCGAACUUGAAAAAAAAGACCGUGUGUAUGUUGGCCCACAUCCAAAAACACAGGAGUCUAGGAGUCUGGGACUCUUGGUGCCAAAGAGGACAUUUUUAAAAGAUCUGACAAAAUAUAUAAUAUAUUAGCUUUCUGUGUGUGGGGAUGUGUGCCUGUAUUUUGUUUACUGUGAAAGUGUAAACAUGGUAAAGACAAACUAAUUGAACAUGCUUACAAUUUUUUAUAUAUUAUAUUUUACUCAUUUUCUUAUUUUAAUUUGUUUCUGAUAUUUAUUUUAUUACUUUAAUAUGGUUUUUCAUUGUAUCAUUUUAAAAGGUUUUAACAGCAAUAAUUAUUUUAAGGCCAUUUGAGGACAUUUUCGAAUUUUAGUAUCACAAAUUAAUAAAUUUUACUU